GAUUCUAUGUCCUAGUAACUUUUUAUGCUGAGUGUCAGUGAAUGUUCUGCUUUUUUUUUUUUUUUAAGAAUAAAACGUACUGCAAUUAAAGCUGCCUUGCAUGUGCUAUGACUGGUUCCCGAUGAUAAAAAAGGACAUCAAUGACAAUCUUAUAUAAACAGAAAGAGCUAAAUGUCAUUGACAAUACACUGUAAGACACAUGGAUCUAAAGACACAGCAUCUCUUCAUGGAAAAAUACACUCUGCUGCUGUACGUCACCUUAAGCAGACAAAAAAGAGGUCAUUCUCAUUGCCUGUGACAUUGAAACUCGCUGCAGAUGUUUUGGCGGUGGAUUGUGGGCUAAAGCCAUGUUUUCUUUAUGACUAUAGUGCAGCAGGUGUGUCCCAAAUAGAGAGUUAUGUCAAGGAAUUACAGCACCUGGGUUUGUUACAGGGCCAUUUACACAUCCUUAAUAUUGAAGGGAAUAUCCUCAUCAUCAAUGUACCUAUGGCUAUCUCACAUUUGGAAACAUUACUACACAGUGAGGAAUUGCCUAUAAUUGAUGUUUCUGUCUAUCUCAAACAACCAGUUAUAUGCAGUAAAAAUCAGAUUUCUGAGAUACAGUCUCAGCUCAGUGAAAUACUACAUCAUUUGUUACAGUACCAGAUUAAACAGUCUACUAUAACUUCUGUAGGUGACAUAUGCUGUCCUGACUGGAACCUUUGCACUAUAUUUGGUUAUCUUCUUGGUUUUCCUUCAACUUACUGGUUUGAUACUUCAAAAAGUUUUGACAAUUGUUUAUCCUUGAUGCCCCUGCAACAUGUCGUCGUCCAUGCUUCUUGUGCUAGGAUAGAUCUCAACAAAGUACAUAUUUAUUCAUUUACGGUUCCUCAGUUUGUAUACCAGUCCUUGAACAUUCCCCUGCAGAGCUGGAAGGACAAACUGCACCAGAGAUUUAAUGAGCAAAGUAACUUUACAGACCUUCAGAUCAGCAUUAAUACUGUCACAUUGGCAGCCGUUACAUUAUGACUUUUAUCAUUCCAAUUAUAUCUUUCCACCUACAUACUUAUAACUCAAAUUAAAUGGCACUUUAUAUACCAUAUAAAUCUGAGUCCUUAAAAUGAAUGAUUAUUACAACAAUUAGUGCUUUAUUACUAGUUUAAACUCAGCCACUCAGCUGAAAUACUGUGACAUGUUCUUUGUAGUAUUCUGAGGUUUGCUCUAAUGUUUUCUCAAAACAUAUAUUUUUCUGUAGCUUUCUAUAAAAUUAAUAUAACGAACAAUUGUGAAAAUGUCCUGAAUACAUUAAAGGGACAGUCAAGUCAAAAUUAAACUUUCAUGAUUCAGGCAGUGGUUGCCAACCGCGGUCCUCAAGGACCCCCAACAGUCCUGGUUUUCAUUAUAGCUAAACCAGUGCACAGGUGAAGUAAUCAGCUGAUGGAUGAGAGCAGGUUGGUUACAGAUCAGCUGAUUACUUCACCUGUGCACUGGUUUAGCUAUAAUGAAAACCAGGACUGUUGGGGGUCCUUGAGGACCGCGGUUGGCAACCACUGAGAUAGGGCAUGCAAUUUUAAACAACUUUCCAAUUUACUUUUAUCAUCAAAUUUGCUUUGUUCUCUUGGUAUUCUUUGUUGAAAGCUAAACAUAGACCCAUAAACUUGUUUCUAAGAUUUUGAAGACAGCCUCUUAUCUCAGUGUAUUUUGAUAGUUUGUCACAGUUAGACAGUGCUAGUUUGUGUGUGUCAUAUAGAUAACAUUGUGCUUACCCUUGUGGAGUUAUUUAUGAAUCAGCACUGAUUGGUUAAAAUGCAAGCCUGUCAAAAAAACUGUGAUAAGGGGGCAGUCUGUAGAGGUUUAGUUACAAGGUAAUCACCAAGAUAAAAAGGGUAUUAAUAUAACCGUGUUGGUUAGGCAAAACUGGGAAAUGGGUAAUAAAGAGAUUAUCUAUCUUUUUAAACAAUAACAUUUUUCAAGUAGACUGCCCCUUUAACAUAGUGUUUACUGCCAUUGUUUUCAGUGGCCAAAUUACCUCCACCACUUGUCUUAUUUCAGUCAUUACAGGCUUGUAACUGAGUAGACAAGGCUUGCCUCUGUCAUUUUGUUAGCAAAGCUUGAAUUCUCUUGCAAUAUCUUAUUUCACCCCCUCUGCUGAGGCCACUUACGGACAGUGAUAUAGAAAGGUAAACGUUUGUAAAGUUUGCUUUAUGCACAUCCCGUUCUCAGAAUUGGGAAACUCACUAUUUUCAAAGUUACACACCAGGAAAAAGGGACACAAUCAAUAAAGUAUAUUGUAAAGUUAUAUUUUCUAUUGUGCAUAAUUAAACAUAUAUUAUAACCUCUGUUUAAUUUCCCUUUAAAGGGAUAUUAAACACUCAUGCACUGCCCUCUAAUUAUGGAUGCCAUCAUUUUGGAACUUACGGUAGGUUACUGAAGGAGAGUUACUGCACACGUGCAAACACAUGAGCACUGGAAUUAUAAAGGUAGACUACAACAUGGGCACCUAUGACUAGAGGGAGGCGUGGCAUAAUCUCAAUACUAUGCUUAAUAAAUGUAUUUAGUAAUGUGCCUUUGAGGGGCACCAGUAAAUACGUUUGCUUUUUUUAAAGUGACCAUUUAUAUAUAUUUCCUAUGUUUUGAGCAUUUUGAACAAAAUCAAUGCUUUACAUCAUCCCAGGUUUAAAAAAAAUAUUGGAAAUUUGAAAGCACUUGCGCACAAAAAGAAAUGUGCUGGAGGAGCUAAGUCCAAGCUCAGGUAAAACUCAAAAUCUGUUUUUUUUCUUUAUUAAGUAAACAACUAAUUUGACAUAAUCUUUAGAAGUACAGCAUCACCUUAACUUUUUUCCCCUUAGCACGACUUCUCCUAUGGCUACAUAGCAUGUUGGAAAUUCUUACAGAUCCAUGAGGUUUUGAAGACAUGUCAGGUGUCCUCUGAACUCUGGCACGGAUUAUACAUAGCACUACCCAGGCAUCCCCAUGCCUUCUGUCCAUGACAAUUCGCAGUUUGUUAUAAAAAGGACAGGGGUGUCAGACCACAGUCUGUGUUGUCACAUGCUAGUGAUGUGGAUAGUUUAGCAGCUAUCUACAGGAAGUAUCUAUGAAAUGUAAAAUUUGUCAGUAAAACCAGCUCAGACCCCUUCUACUGCUCAUCCUAACGUUUUCUUGUGUACAAAUUCCUUUUCAUGUGUAUGCUCUUGUUUCAUUACAAGCUUUUGUUUUGUUGCAAACCUAACUGUAGUUCCUGCCUUAAAGCCUGAUCACAGACAAUUCAGUUUCAGUGCAAAUGUUACUAUAGCCCCUGUUUUUCUUGCUACAGUUACAAAUGUUUGGUUUAGUGGAUUUUCUGUGUAAUCUGCUCUACUGCUGUCUGUAGAUUGUAUGUGAACUCCAAUACCUUUGCAUAUUUUUGCUUUUCUGGUGCAGUGGUUUGAUCUUUCCAUUCUUGUUCAAUGAGGGGCCAGUUUAAGACAAACAUCUGAUAAUACUCAGUGUUAUGCUGCCUCCAUGUUAAAGGGACAGUCAAGUCCAAAAAAACUUUCAUGUUUCAAAUUGUGCAUGUAAUUUUAAACAACUUUCCAAUUUAAUUUUAUCACCAAUUUUGCUUUGUUCUCUUGGUAUUCUUAGUUGAAAGCUAAACCUAGGAGGUUCAUAUGCUAAUUUCUGAGACCUUGAAGGCCGCCUCUAAUCUAAAUGCAUUUUGAUAGUUUUUCACCACUAGAGGGUGUUAGUUCACAUGUUUCAUAUAGAUAACAUUGAGCUCAUGCACAUGAAUUUACCAUGGAGACAGCUCUGAUUGGCUAAAAUGCAAAUCUGUCAAAAGAACUUAAAUAAGGGGGCAGUCUGCUGAGGCUUAGAUACAAGGUAAUUACAGAGGUAAAAAGUGUAUUAAUAUAACUGUGUUGGUUAUGCAAAAAUGGGGAAUUGGUAAUAAAGGGAUUAUCUAUCUUUUAAAACAACAAAAAUUCUGGUGUUGACUGUCCCUUUAAGGCUGUGUUAUCCCUGUUCCCCUUCUGCUUUGCAAAAUUGGGAAUAGGUUGACGUGGCCAGUUUCAUGCUAUUUUUGUGCAUUAUUAUUACUGCUAAAGGCAGUUAUUGUUUUGCUUGUUCAGUCAGCAAUAUGAAUGAGGUUGAGGUGGGACAGAUUUAUACAGAGUAAUUUAUAGUUGUUCUGUGAUGCACUAAUAGUUACUGCUUAUUUGUCUGAAAAUCCUUGCGCAAAGAGCUUUUUGUUGAGAAAUCUGGGGAAAAACUGAUAGUAGAAGUAAAUCUGAACAUGCUAUUUUAAACACCUUUCCAUCUGAAUCAUGAAUAUUUAAUUUUGACUUUACUAUCCCUUUAAACAAACAAUAUAUCUUUGUGGGAACUAGCCAAAGGCUGGAAAACUAUUGGAAGUCUAUGUCCAUAUCUUUGAAGAGAUGUCCCUAUGCUUAGACGCAAUGACGAUUGAUGGUUCAGCAAUUCUUGUGCAGUUCAGUUUGUUUGUUUUUAGAGACAGUGUACGUGUAAAAUUGUUCCUUAAUGUAUUUCCAAUAAACUUGUUAUACCAGGCA